AUGGAAAUAGACAAGAAGGAUUCCAAACUCGCCGGGGUCCAGGCACAAUUGACGGAACUCAUGGCCGUGGUCAAGGAGGAACGCAAAGUCCGGAAGGAGGCGGAGGAGCGUUUGGACAGGAGAGAGGCCCAGUUGGAGAAGGCCCUGAAGACCGCCGACAAUCAACCGCCAGCACCAGCCUCGCCGGCCAAAGGCCCUAAGAUUGGCAUCCCCGACAAGUUCGAUGGCACCCGCGGAGCUAAAGCAGAGGUUUUCAUAAACCAGGUGAACCUCUACGUCCUGGCCAAUGGACACCUCUUUGAAACUGACCGCGCCAUUAUGGUGUUUGUGUUGUCCUACCUGACUGGACCAGCUAGCUCUUGGGCCCAACCGUGGAUGAAGAAAGUGAUGAGUGUCAGCCUCUGGGUAACUAACCUGAGUAUUUAA